AUGAAGCCACAAGUGUAUAUCUUGGCGACAUUCUUCCUAGCCUGCUGCCAGCUGGUCAUGGCAGCAGGUCAACAAUACGCCAACCCAUCAGACAACGGUGGCAGCAUGCUUACGAAGCAAAAAGAGCCUCUAAAUGUCAUUAUCGUAGGCUCCUCUGACGCCUCCAUUCUCUCCCCGGACGGUUUCAGCAACUAUUCACAGGCCAUUGGGUUUGAUGCGGAUACUUAUGCUGGAAAAUCUAGUGUCAAUGGUGCACAGAGCGCAAACCUGGGCGAUGGCAAUGGUAUGGUGCCGCAGACUGGCCUGCGAAGGCAAGGUGGCUUGGAUGAGGUCAUCAACGGAGGUAACCACUUCCGCUAUUGGGUUCAAAAAGGUAGCAAGGCUCCUACUAAUGCUCUAUUUCUGGCUGUCUCAGUAGAGCAGGGACUGAAACAGAACCACAUGAUUGUCGAUAAUGGGUAUGACCAAGGUCGUGACCAACUGGUGGCCAAUGCAACAGGCAGCUCGAAAUCGUUCAAUGGCAAAACGUAUACGACCAAGCUGCUUAAAAUGGACUCGUCUCUUAUGCAGGGCGUUUCGAAAGGCAGUCUAAAUCACAAUAUUCCCACGGAUGGGCGUGUGGCCAUUUUGGAAGUGCAAGUGAAAGACGGUGGUAAAGCGUCGUCCAGCAGUACGAGCAAUGCUGCCUUCAAGGCGUUGGCCCCGAUGUCUGUUAUGCUGACGAUGAUCAUGGCACUGAGCACUUUGACAGUCAUGUGUGUAGUAUAA